CCUCUCUUGUUUGCCUUCCUGUGCUAUGCUGCUCUCUGUGGUACUGCUGCUAGUCCUGCUAGCUACCCUAGGGUGGCUAUGGAUACAGCUGACUGUCUCACCCCAUCAUUUCCCACCUCUAGUCCCUGGAUUUCUACACCUCAUUCAAGCUGAUCUCCCAAGCCAUUUUCUGAGCCUUGCACAGAAAUAUGGGCCACUUUAUCGGUUGCACCUUGGGAUUCAAGAUGUAGUGGUCCUGAACUCCAAGAAGGCAAUUGAGGAGGCCUUUAUCAAGAAAUGGAUGGAUUUUUCAGGGAGACCCCAAACAUUCACCGUCCAACUGGUAAGUAAGACUGGCCAGGACCUGUCUCUUGGGGAUUACACACCACUCUGGAAGGCCCAAAGGAAGCUGGCUCGUUCUGCUCUUCUUCAUGUCCAGAAUAAUAUGGAGUCUCUUGUGGAGCAGAUGGUACAGGACUUAUGUAAGAGGCUCCUUGCCCAGGCUGGCUCUCCUGUGAACAUAUCUGAGGAGUUUUUCACAUUCACUUGUAGCAUCAUCUGCUUCCUCAGUUUUGGGGAAAAGACAGAGUCUUCAGUUCAGGAAAUUAGCAACUGUGUCAAGGAAUUGAUGGUAGCUUGGGACUCUCGGCAAGUCCAGAUUUUGGACAUCCUACCCUUUCUCAGGUUUUUUCCCAACCCAGGUCUCAGGAAGCUGAGGCGGAUAAUAAAGAAACGGGACAAGAUUGUGCAGAAGCAGUUGAGGUGGCACAAGGAGACAAUGGUGGAAGGACAGACUCGGGAUUUGACUGAUUACAUGUUACAAAAACUAAAGGAGCAAGGAGAGGGGCCAGGUCAGCUUUCUGAGGGACACGUGCAAAUGGCCUUGGUGGACUUCUUCAUUGGUGGCACAGAGACCAUCGCAUCCACCCUCACCUGGGCCAUGGUUUUCCUGCUUCACCAUCCGGAGAUACAGAGGCGGCUGCAAGAAGAAUUGGAUCAAGAGCUGGGGCCAGGCUUUUCAGGAAGCUCUCCCAACUAUCGAGACAGAGCUCGGUUCCCCCUGCUCAAUGCUACUAUUACUGAGGUGCUCCGGCUGAGACCUGCAGCCCCCUUGGGCAUUCCACACUACACCAAACAGCCCACCAGCUUAUGUGGCUUUGACAUCCCUAAGAACACCAUUAUUAUCCCCAACAUCUAUGGUGCUCACCAUGAUGACAGUGUUUGGGCACAGCCUUAUGACUUCCGGCCUGAUCGUUUCUUGGAGGCAGAACCAAGCCCAGUGGGGAUCCCAUUCAGCUGCGGGGCCAGGGUGUGCCUGGGGGAGCACCUGGCUCGCUCAGAGGUCUUCCUGACCCUGGCCCAGCUGCUCCAGGCUUUCACACUGCAGCCGGUAGUCGAGGGCAACCACGCCCUGCCUUCUCUGAAGCCCAUCUUUGGGGUCAAUACAAAGGCCCUAGAGUUUCAGGUGCGACUGCUGCCCCGUGAGGCUGGGGCUAGAAUGACAACUUCUGCAGCCUCUGGCUCUUCACUGUAGAGUGCACCAAUAAAGUGCUGAAAUGCAGGCCUUGAA